AUGGGCGGUAAAUUUUGGAGUCCACAGGAACAGGAAUAUUUCGUCCACGAAGUCAUGACCAAGUCCCGCUUCAACGGUAAAGAUGGCGCUUACAACCCCAACAAAGGUAUGUCAUGGGUAGAACUCGCAGACAUGAUGCAGCAUGAUAUGGAUGAAAGAAAAUUAGCUCGUAGACAAUAUACUGGAAAUAUGUUGUAUGAGCACUGGUACCAGACUGUCAAGAAAGAUUGGGGCGAGGAUCGCGCUAGGAUACUUGCGGCAAGUGCGAAAGCUGCUCGGCAUGGUGCUGGUCGACAACCGAGAGCAUCUCGAGUCAAGAAAACUAAGCAGAGGGUUGGUGCAACUUCACCUCUACUAGUAGUUGCAGAACAGUCCAGUCAACGCACAAUAGGCCCUACAGAGCAGCAAAAAGAAGUUGUUUCCCGCCGAAAUAGCUCAGAAUCGUCAUGUUACACUUCGAACCAUUCUUUUAUGAAGGGCUACCCCGCUCCUACAAGUCGCUCAGCACGAUUUGAAGGUCCAAGCAUGGGUCAGAGACGACUUCCUGACCCUCCAAUAAACUCCGGCUCAUCAGCAAAUCACCAUUUUCACCCAUACAGAGCUCCUGAUACAUACCGUCAAGCCCACACUGAACGUCCGGCAGCACAUCACCCCCAACGCCAUUCCAGACGUCCCGAAGCUCAAACUCCCCUUCAGACCCGUGACCCAGAGACUCUCAUGAGACCCACUUCUACAACCCCAUCAAAAGCUCUCCAACGACGCCAACCCAUCAUGAUCCGCGAUCCCACUCCCGAAGACGACGAAAAUAGUCUUUUCGUCGAACAAGAUUAUUCCGGAUAUAACCGUAGGACCUCUGUUCCGCGCCCGAAUACGGAGUUGGAUGCCGCGGUGACCAUGACCAUGUUUCAUCGUCAAGAGAUGCAUACUUUACAUGGAACUCCUACCAGGAGAUUUGGACAUCCGGAUAGUCGUCGUAGUUUUCAGCACGUUGGUUCUGAUGCUCAUAGUUAUCAACGGUAUACUGGGGAUAAUGCUCCAGGAUUCCGUCUUGCAGCUUCAGUUCCUCGUGCUGAUACGGUUCGCCGGAGCCAGAAGCAGGGUCGAUUGGGGCAAUUGGAGAAAAGUGACGAGCAUGAUACAAACGAUAAGGAAUAA